AUGCAAGUGUCGGCGGCAAGACAGCGAUUAAUCAUCCCAAAAGGCAAAAACCUCAUCGGUGCGUUUCAUCAACCGAAGUUGGUCGUCAUUGACGUAGAUACGCUCAAGACCUUACCGCAACGCGACAUCCGCGCAGGACUUAUCGAAGUUAUUAAAAUGGGUGUUAUCCGCGAUGAACCGCUGUUCGAGAGGGUUGAAGAAAAUCUGGAGGCUAUCUUAAACUUAGACGACACGACACUUAUUGAGAUAAUUUCACAGGCGUGCGUCAACAAGGCAGAAAUUGUUGCUAAAGAUGAGAAAGAGAGUGGACUGCGGAUGGUGCUGAAUUAUGGACACACCUUUGGGCACGCGCUGGAAGCCAUGACGCACUACAAUAGGUAUCGACACGGCGAAGCGGUUUCUAUCGGCAUGCAUUGUGCUGCGCAGUUAGCUACCAAUUUGCGAAUGUUCUCUGAGACCGAUUUUCAACGUCAACGCGCCCUCUUAAAGCGUGCGAAAUUGCCGAUUACCUUUCCAACCGACCUCAUCCCCAGAAGCGUUAUGUGA